AUACUCAAAGUAAAUCUGUUAAUCUUGCUGUAGGCGGUAAACGUGCAACAUAUAACGAUAUAGUUCAACAAACACGAAAUAUUAUUACAAGGUUUAUUGCCUUAUAUCCAAAUCCUUGGAGACUAAUAGAUUUUCGUUAUAAGCUAAUGAGCAAAUUUAUUGGUCUAAAAGAUUUUUCACUUAUAACCCGUAUUUUAUUUAGUAAUAGAAAUGAAUCAACUAAUGAUUCUGAAAAAUGUAUUUCACGAAUCCUUUCUGUGAUCUCAAUAAGUGAUAAGGAAAGUAAUAGCGAAAACGACAUCAAAACUAAAUUAAAGAAAGUCAAAAACAUUAUUGUGAAACACUCUUCAAGUCAUAAAAAAAUUGAAAAAGAGCGUCCUCUUCAUUCGUGGCAAGUUCCAUUAAAAGAAAUUUUCCCUGAUGAAGAAUCGAAUAUCGAUAUGACAAUACUUACAUUUUUCCUAGAAUAUUAUUCAAACAAUUCGAUGGAUAACAUUGGUUGGAUGAACGUCGUGUCUGAAAUCAUACCAUUAUUAUACGAAAAAAAACUCGACUGGUACGCUCAAGAGUUCCUUUACAAGCCUUGUUUUGGUAACAAAGAGUUAGAUUUGUCUAGUUUGAAGUUUCAUGCGGUUAAGAAAAGUUCCGAAAAUUCUUUAAAAGUUUAUAUUCCUAUAACGCAACUCAUUCCUCGUGGUGAAUCUUUGAGUCUUAAAAAUAUCAGUGACGAUGAAAUUCCUUAUAUUAGAAUGGUACCUUUGAUUGAUUUUGCAACGAAUAAAACAGCUCUGGAUCCAAUGGAUAAAACUCGGCGUAUGAUUAUAAAACUUUUCUUACCUGGCAAAUACUCAUCUAUUGAAAAAGAGGAUUAUAGCCAUUUUAUUCGGCUCUUACGAAUGAUGGAUGCAGAUGAUGCAUUUUAUGAUAACCCCUCAAUGGAAGCCGUCAUGAAUUGGAUGUGGUUUAUUCUUCUUGGCUAUCCAUCAUAUGAAUCAUUAAGUCAAUUACCUGAUACCUAUGAUGUUGUAAAUUCGACUUCAAAUUCGAAAGCUUAUACAAUGGUUGGAGAAGUACCCGAUAAUCCAUUUUCUAAUCUAUUUACUUCUAUAAUUGCUGUAUAUAAUUGGGGUUCAAUUCCAUUGGAUUCUUGGCAUUAUUGGCCUCUUUCUAUUCUUAAUGUUUUGGGUGGUUUUCUUUUUGUCAUUAUAUUGGCAAAUGUAAUUAUCUCGUUUAUGGGUAACGCAUUUGCGAAUGCAGAAAAAGACAGUAGACGUGGCGUGCUCGGACUUCAAAAAGAUUUGAUUUCUGACUAUGCAAUUCUUGAAGGAUCCACUCUUACCUCUAAAACAAAUAGUUUUGAUCGCCAAUUUAAAGAUAAGUUAAGGGUAAGGUAUAUAUGUUUUUUGGACGAGCCAUCACUUACAGAUGCAUGGAAAGAAAAGUCAAAAGAAUUGGGUUCAAGAUGGUUAGAAGCGUAUGGUUUUUUUGCAAGGAAAGAAAGUUCUGAUGCUUAUGUUGAUAUUGAUGAAAUUGAUUUUAUUUGGACCAAACCAGAAAUGCAAAAAUAG